UCACUUCUGUCAAUAAUCACAGUCAAACAGCAGACUACUUGCGCGGUCAAAUUUCCGGAUUGAGAAGAUAACUGUAAUCUGAGGCCAUUAGACGGGCGCUGACAUUUGUUCAACAGUCAUGGCUUUGUAUGACUUGGUCGAUGACAGUGGGAACGUGUUUCGUGUCAGACGAGUGGGUUCCCGCUUCUUCAAACCCUCGCGGCAGGACUUCAACGAGGAAGAGUUCGUAACACAUAUCCAGAGUAUCCGAUCUCUCCCCACUUCCAGCGAUGACGUGUUUAUCUGCUCCUAUCCCAAGUGCGGUACUCAUUGGGUUUAUGACAUCUGCCAAAUGCUCGAGUCCAAGGAUGUAGCCAAAAAUCCUUUACGCAUCUUCGAGUUCCCGAGAGAAGGUGGUUUUGAAUCGCCCGUUACUGUCGGCUCUCACUUAUACCCACAUGAAUUACCAGACGACAUUCUCAAGAAGAAAUCCAGACUUAUCCGAGUGUGCAGAAAUCCAAAAGAUGUCGCUGUGUCCUAUUAUUUCUUCAUUGGUGAAAAUUCCACCAAUGACCUCUUUCCAUACAAAGGAAACUGGAGUGAUUUCUUUCAACUCUUUAUAGAAGGAAGAUUAACGUACAAUUCGUACUUCGACUAUAUUGACAUUUGGAGUGCAUUCGAGCAGGAGCAUCCAGGCUUCGUUCACGUCGUGUUCUACGAACAUUUACACAAAGAUCCGGCACGUGAAAUUCGUAGAUUGGGUAAAUUCCUUGGUGUGGAUCCGUCACUACUUGAGGAUACUGUCUUCAUUGAAGAUAUCGUAAAGACGUGUUGUUUCCAAAAUAUUAAGGACUUGAAAAAAAUCAAACAUCCAGGAGAAUACCGUUUGUUUGUAGACCGCCUUUGGAGAAAAGGUGAAGUGGGAGAUUGGAAGAACUACUUCACCGUGGCUCAGAACGAGGCUAUGGACCGUGUUAUACAACAGCGUCUUCAGCACCACGACAUUUCGUUUAUUUACGAGUUAUGAAAUACUUCUACAGUCCUUUUGCGUCAAAAGGGAACCGAUAAAUUGGCAUAUAUUUUAUAAUUUAUCAAGGUAAAAAUUUUAGUCUAAAAAAAAGGUAUAUAAGUUGGUAUGGGCUUUUUCUUCUUCUUCUUCUUCUUGUCCACUCUAAUCAUGACUGUCGAUGUUGUUUUCCGACUUAAAACGAUUCUACACGAUAUCAGGGUGAACUGGGUAGUUUUCUUAUGGUGUUCUUGUUACUCCGAUUUCUUAUUACUCCGAUGGAUGACCCGUCAGUAUAUGCCUGUACGCACUCCUCUUCUGGGUAUGAGUAUGCCAGGUGGGCCAGGGUCAAUGCUUUGUUGAAGAUUGUGCUCUGUUCACGUUUUCCAUUUAUACCUGGAAUACGGUUUAAAACUCAACAAUAUGUUUUAAUAUAAGUUUUAACAUUAUUCAUUGUAGACUUAUAUGCCAAUUCGUCGGUUCCCUUUUGACGCAAAGGGACUAUAGGUUUGUUCUUGUUUUAUUUUACUCCGUGGCUGAUUAUAUCAUACAUAAAUAACUAAGUGAUUUGAGUAUAAUUCUGGGAUAACGUAAUUUAAUCAGAGACGUAUUUGAGUAGUUGGCGCCUCCCUCCCCCUCACCGCCACGCCUUCAAAAUCAUUGUGUCUUUUUGUUAUUUUUUAAUAAUAAUAAUAAUUGUUGUUAUUAUUAUUAUACAAAUAGCUAAAUAAAAGCAUAUACAUGUAUAAUAAAAAAUUAUUAAGGUAGAGGCAGGGCAAUUACAUCAUCUUUAAUUUUACAGAAAAAGAAAAUCACAUUAAAAACAUUACAGUCAUUAAUUGGGUCAUUGAACUUUGCAUGCCAAGUGGUAAAACCAGGUCGGGCUUUUAUUAGGCGCAUGAUUGAUGCAACAAGAGGGGUUACAAAACCACACCACAAUAUCCGGGUUACUCAAGGUAUCAAGGCUGACUUGGACCUAUGGUUAGGCUUCUUGAAAUACUACAAUGGGGUCACUGUCAUGCCUGAUUUGUUCUGGACAAGUAGUGACUCGCUGGAAUUUUUCACUGAUAGUGCGGGAGGGAGAGAAAAGGGAUUUGGUGUUUACUUCCGGGGUCAUUGGGCAUAUGGAUCUUGGCCUACGGAAUGGUGGAAAAUGGGGCUGCUUCGAAACAUAACAUUUUUGGAACUCUUCCCAGUGGUUGUAGCAGUAACAAUUUGGGGCAACAGGCUGCAGAACAAAAAGUUGCUAUUUCACAUUGACAAUGAGGCAGUAGUAGUUGUGAUCAAUAAGAAAACGUCUAAAUGUGCCAUGGUAAUGACAUUAUUAAGGAAAUUGGUCCUGAUAACUUUGCAAAAGAACAUUUUGUUAAAAGCCGUACACAUUGCGGGAAAAAAAAGAAUGUAAUAGCAGAUGC